AGUGCUCGGGAAUCCCACUGAACCGUUCACAGUCUGUACACGGUGCAAUUCUCUAAGCAACCAUGGAAUCUGGACUCCGUGGGAAAGAUGCCGGUGAGUGCCAUGUGACUGCGCUCACACUGUGUUGCCCCCUGGGGAGGGUGCGAGUUUCGGGCUGUGAAAACGGCGUGCACGACAUCCAGAUCCAAAUGGAAGCCACACCUGCUGCAGGAGGCUGCGUGGCGUCGGAGGGCCCGGACGAGACCCCGGCCGCCGUGCGGCUCUGCGCAGACUGGCUGCAGGCGUACUUCAGUGACCCCCAGGCCACGGAGGGCCUCCCCAUGCCCCCCUUCCACCACCCCCUCCUGCUCGGAGAGACGUUCACCAGCAGAGUGCUUCAGACCCUGCUGAGGGAGGUGAAGGUGGGACAGACGGUGUCUUACAAGCGCCUGGCUGAGAUGGCGGGCAACGGCAGGGCGGUGCGAGCAGUGGGCGGGGCCAUGAGGCGGAACCCGGUCCCUCUCCUGGUCCCCUGUCACCGAGUGAUCUCCAGCAGCGGACAGAGCGGCAGCUACAUGGGGGGGAAGGGGAACCACCUGAAACAGUGGCUGCUGGCGCACGAGAGAGCCCGAGGGGUCAAAGGUUAACCCCACCGCCGCGGCAGCACCCCC